GUCACUUCCACUUGAGGCAGGCUUCGUGUUGGUGGGGUGCUGAGGAGUGAGGGCUGUGUCCCGGGUUUGGGGAAAGUGAGGUCCUGCAGACUGACGACUUAAAUCCAAGGUCAUGGCAAAGCAUCUGAAGUUCAUUGCCAGGACUGUGAUGGUACAGGAAGGGAACAUGGAAGGUGCAUACAGGACCCUAAACAGAAUCCUCACCAUGGAUGGGCUGAUUGAGGACAUAAAGUGGCGGUGGUACUAUGAGAAGCCUUGCCGUCGACGACAGAGGGAAAGCUAUGAAAUCUGCCGGCGAAUCUAUGACGUGGAAAUGGCUCACAAGAUCAAUUUCUUCAUGUGAAAGAAUCGGGCAGAUCCAUGGCAGGGAUGCUGAGGCCUGUGACUAGGAGGCCCGGCAUAAAAACCCUUAUUCAUUUGUCUCUACCUCUUUUCUUUCCACAACCCCAUUUUCUCUCACCUUUAUUACAUUAAACCCAAUCACGCAUAUACAAGAAGGCCUGCAUAUGUAGAAUCAAUACUAGUCAGUAGUGGACCCUUUCUUUUAUUAUAUCAAAGAGGAACUGAGUCAAAAAGAGAAGAAUCGUGGUUGCCUAAAAAGUCUUGGGAGUAGGGGAGUAGGAAAUUAUUAUUUAAUGAAUAUUGAGUUUCAAUUUGGGAAGAUGAAAAGGUUCUGGAGGAGGAUGAUA